AGAGGGGGGGUGAGCAGUCGGGCUAUAAAAGCUUCCAGGGCUCGUCUCCGGGAUGCAUUCUGUGUGCAGGGAAGAUAAUCAGUCCUCUGAUGGAAGUACAUAAAAACACCGUCCUCCAGCAGACCAACAGCAGCAGCAGCAUGUGUGAGUCCACGCAGAGGUCCUGUGAGCCUCGGCGGAAGAGAACGGAGGAGCGCAGCGCUCCGUCGGAGAUGGCUCGGAUCAUCACAGACCCGGCCACGGGGAAGUGCUACUGCCGGGGGAAAGUUUUGGGAAAGGGAGGGUUUGCUAAAUGUUAUGAGAUGACGGACCUCUCCACCGGCAAAGUUUACGCAGCAAAGAUCAUCCCGCACGCGCGCGUCUCCAAGCCUCACCAGCGGGAGAAGAUCGACAGAGAAAUCGAGCUGCACAGAAUACUGCACCAUAAAAAUAUCGUGCAUUUUUAUCACCACUUUGAGGACAAAGAGAACAUCUACAUCUUGCUGGAAUACUGCAGUAGAAAGUCCCUGGCCCACAUUCUGAAGGCUCGCAAAGUGCUUACGGAGCCAGAGGUGCGGUACUACCUGAGACAGAUUGUUUCUGGACUAAAGUACCUGCAUGAAUUGGAAAUUCUUCACAGGGACCUUAAAUUGGGGAACUUUUUUGUGAGCGAGUCGAUGGAACUGAAGGUUGGAGACUUUGGUCUCGCUGCCAAGUUGGAGCCGGCGGGAAACAGGAGGAAGACGAUCUGCGGGACUCCGAAUUACCUGUCCCCCGAGGUCCUCAACAAACAGGGUCAUGGCUGUGAAUCAGAUGUCUGGGCUCUGGGCUGUGUAAUGUACACUAUGCUGUUGGGUCGACCGCCGUUUGAAACCACCAACUUGAAGGAGACCUACCGGUGUAUCAGAGAGGCACGUUACUCGCUGCCUUCGUCGCUGUCACCACAGGCGAAGCAGCUCAUCGCCAACCUGCUGGCCAAGAUUCCAGAGGACAGACCAAAUCUGGACCACAUUCUGAGGCAUGACUUCUUCACCCAGGGCUUUAGUCCAGAGCGUCUGCCGCCUAGCUGCUGCCAUUCGCCACCAGACUUCCACGUCUCUAGUCCUGCAAAGAGCUUCUUUAAGAAAGCUGCCGCGGCGCUGUUCGGAGGGAAGAGAGAUAAGGUCAAAUACUACGAGACCCUGAACAAGUUAACUAAGGAGGAGGAGGAGAUCUACAAACUGCAGCAUGACUUGGAGAGGACUGUCAUCAGUCAGCAACAGAGCAAAAAGAUGUCCGAGAAUGGAAGUCCACUUCCGCCAUCUGCCGGGAGCCCCGUCGCCUUGGCAACAGAGAGUCAGUCACCGGCGACGCAAGACACCAUUCGACUAAUCGUCAGGGGGAGUCUGGGCAGCUGUAGCAGCAGCAGUGAAUGUCUGGAAGACAGCACAACAGGCAGUGUGGCCGAGACUGUUGCCAGUGUGCUAAGAGGAUGUCUAGAGAAUAUGCCUAAAGCAAAUGACACUCCUCAGACGUUAAACAGCUGCGGCCUUCAAUGGGUCACCAAAUGGGUGGACUACUCCAACAAGUACGGCUUCGGCUACCAGUUGUCCGAUCACACGGUUGGCGUCCUCUUCAACAACGGCACCCACAUGAGCCUCCUGCCGGAUAGAAAGACCAUCCAUUACUACGCAGAGUUAGGCCAGCGCUCUGUCUUUCCCACCUGCGAGGUUCCUGAGCACUUUGUGGGCCAAGUGACUGUGCUUAAGUACUUUUCCCACUACAUGGAGGAAAACCUCAUGGAUGGCGGGGACCUCGGUACUACAACAGAUGUACACAUGCCCAGACUCUACCUGCUGCAGUGGCUCAAGUCAGACCGCGCCCUCAUGAUGCUUUUUAACGAUGGCACCUUCCAGGUCAACUUUUACCACGAUCACACCAAGAUCAUCCUGUGCUGCCAGAGGGACGAGUACAUGCUGACUUACAUCAACGAGGAACGAGUGUCCAAAACCUUCAAACUCAGCUCCCUGCUGACGUCUGGCUGCCCCGAUGACCUGCGCCAGCGCCUGGUGUACUCCCUCAAUAUGCUCCUGCAGAGAUGCAGCUAAACCCCCCAAAAAUCUGCUUUGGACUGAACAACUAAAGGGGGAAAAAAAAAAUCCACCCACUGUGUUGCUGCAGUGCUGCAGAGGAACAGGGAACCAGCGAAGGAACGGGCGGAUCUGCAAGGCUGGGCAUGAGCAAAAUGAAUUAACAUUCCUCCACCGUUGCACCGUCAUGACUCAGCGUCGAUGCAGGCGAAAGAAUAAUGCAGAGAGAGACUAAAAGAGCCUGGGAGUAUGAAAUGUAGCACAAUGAAUGUUAAUGGGAACUAAAGGGCUGAUUAGUAGUGAUGGAAAAUAGAGAGAGAGAGAGAGCGAGGACCAUGGAUGUUGGUACGAACGUGAAACCUCAAAUGUUUUUGGGGAGAAAUUUAAAAAAAAGAGAUUUCGGGCAUGUAAUAAGACUAAUGCUGGGCUGGCACCAGCUCAGGUGUGUACAGAACAGUUGGUUUGAUUCCAGAGGCAUAAAAUGAUGCUCUGAACCUUAGCAGAGCUGGACUAUGAGAUACUGUAAAUGAUGUACAGCGUAUGUCCAAACCAUCCCAGCCAUGGAGAGAGAGGACUCGCGUGGAUGUUGCAGGGUUUAAAUGAGUGCAUGUCCAUCUGAGUGGGAGGGGGUGUAAUAUCACACUAACUUUUAAAAACUGUGAUUUGUUUGUUGUCUUUACUGACAGAUGGGCUCAGCACUCUGAGCGAGAGAUGAUGUAGAAUGACAUAACACCAGGUCUUUUAAAGAUCAUUUAAGAGCCAUUAUCACCUAGGUAACAAUGUCUUAAAUAACUUAUUGUGUCAUAAAAGUGCCGUAUUUAUUUAUUUAAUAAAGAACAGUGUUUUCUA